UCAACAAAAAUUAAAAUAGUCUAUAGUGUGUAUGUUUGUCUGUAUUACGUUGGUCUGGUACAUUCAUGUAAAAAUGUUGUAGGGAGUUUAGUGUAGUGUAUAUAACACUGUAAGUAUAAUAUUGUUGGCUACAGGUCUCAGCUAAAUUCUGCUUAGUUAUCUUUGCAUGUCCCUUUGGAGAAAAGCAUCUGCUAAAUGAAGUAAGGUAAAUGUAAGUGCAAACUUGGUGUGGUCCUGGUCAAGAAGAAGUGUCGGUCAGUCAGCUGCAGUUCCGCCUGUGGCCAGUGGGGGCAACUCGGUGCUGGUGCUCUGAGUGGAGCCCUUAGUUUCAGUCCCGUCCAGUCUCCGCUGUCCUUGCUCUGGAGAAGAUGGGGCUGCGUUGCUGCUCUCUGGCAUUGCUAAGGACAGGCCUCAUGGUGGUCUCCUUGGCGCUGCUGGUGGUUCUCUGCGAGGGGCGCUCCGAUGCACCCCGUGGGGUGACCAUCCCCUUCGUGUUUGACCCCAAAGCCACGUGUGACCCGCCCUGCAAGCAUGCAGGAAUCUGCAUCCGGAAUAACACCUGCUUCUGCUCCCAUGGCUACGAGGGAGAAGUCUGCCAGUAUGCUAAUUGUUUUCCCAAGUGUAAGAACGGAGGGGAAUGCCUGCGACCCGGGAAGUGUAGGUGUCCCCCAGGAUUUCAGGGGAAAUACUGUCAUAAAGUGGCAUGUGAUGGCGGCUGCUGGAAUGGAGGGGAGUGCAUCGCCGAGAACAGGGUGGUGAAGUGCCUCUGUCCCUCUAGCUGGACUGGUUCCCGGUGCCAGGAAGCCAUCUGCCCCCAGGGCUGCCGGAACAGAGGCAGCUGUGUGGCCCCAGGAAUCUGCAGCUGCCUUGAUGGUUGGGUGGGAGGCGCCUGCCACAUGGCUGUGUGUCCUCAGCCAUGCUUGAACGGGGGGAAGUGCAUCGCUCCCGGCGUGUGUCGAUGUCGCUGGCCCUUCUCUGGACCACGCUGUGAGAAGAGGAGGUCAUUCUAGCCGUGAAGGGCCUCUACUUGAGAAGGGCAUGAAACUUUUUAGUGAAUAAAUUCAAGUAUUAUUAAAUACUUGAAAUGUAUAAAUGUAUGGUGCUUUAAGUAAAUCUUUCCAAAUAUGUUUAUAUAUAUAUGUGAAUUUUUCUGUGUGUUUGUUGUAAUGUUUUAUAAUUUACUGUAAUGAAGUGCCUGAAAAUG